AUGAGCGGCCCCGAGGCUCGGCCCGGCGUAGUCCAUGACGAUGGAGUAGUCCGUGGUGCCCGGCGCGCGCGACGGUGCGAACGCGACGAGUGGCCCCCGCCGGCAGCCGUGAAGCAGGCCUCGGACAGACGCGUCGGCGGCGCAGCUCCGCCGGCCCUGCGGUGGAGGGACUUGACGGCGACGGCCUGGCCCGUGUAUGUGGCGCAUACGGCGACGACGCCCGCGCUUCGCCUGGCCGACCCCGCCCCUCUGCUUGUACCCAUGGCGUUGGCCAUGCGCCGCUUUCGCUGCAGCCUGGGCCUACCCUCGGCGGUGGCGGCGACGUCGUCGACCAUCGCCGAGAUGGCUGCGGCUCGCUUUGCCGCUGAUCGCCGUCCCGAGGAUUGCUGGGAAGAGGGAGUGGUUGAGCCAUGGGCAACUCUUGCGCCAAAGGCCGAUCAAACCCAUGUCUGGCCAAUGCCACACCUCCUCCAGAGAUACUGUGUUCCCAACAACAACCUCCAAUGCCAAGACAACGUCCAAUGGCACACCUUCCCCAGGAGAGCAGACAACGUUCAAUGCCAAGACAACAUCAAUGCCACACCUUCUCCACGGGAGCAGACAUCCUUCAAGUGGGUCAUUGAUGGUUUCUCCUCGCUUCUUGACAAGGAUCAAGGAUGGACAUACUCCACUGUAUUUGAGAUCACGGACCUAAAAUGGUAUCUGAAACUGAAUCCAAAGUACAAAAAGAUCAUUGGUAAGGAGGAGUAUGUCUCUCUCAGGCUUGAACUGCCGCAGGGUUCAGUGAAACUUGACACUAUCGUUGAGGCAUCUUUCAAGUUCAUGAUAUAUGAUCAGUCCAAUGGAAAGCACAAGAAGCAGCUAGUUAACCACAGCUUCCAGACUGCAAGUACGAGCUCUGGCAUCUCAUGCAUGUUACCCUUGAAAACACUAAACAAACAGUCCUCUGGAUUUCUUGUCAACAACAGUUGCAUAUUUGGUAUUGAGUUCAUCAAAGUUGCCACUAUCAAAGCCAACACGGCGUUAGAAACACUGUUUGUAAGGAAGAUGAACGUCUUCAACGAGGCCAAAGUUUACACUUGGAAAAUUGAGGAUUUGAAAAUUGAGGAUUUCUUUGCUCCGAAGAACCAAUCCUACUCACCAGAGUUCGAAAUCGGUGGAUACACAUGGUCUAUCACUAUGUAUCCAUCUUGCGAUGGUAACCAUGUGUCCUUAUUUCUGAAAAUGAAGAAGACAAAUGAUGUCCCCAAAGACUCUGGGAACCUGGUCGAAUUUACUUUAUCCAUCAAAGACCAGGAAAACAGCAAGGACAAGAAAUUACCAGGCAGGUGCCAGUUCUCAAACCAAUAUCCUUGCUGGGGAUGGAAUAAGUUCAUCUCGCUGGAGGAUUUCAAGGACACAUCAAAGGGUUAUCUCAUCAAAGGCAAGAGUUGCAUUGAGGCCAAAGUCGUAAUCAAUGGCUCUUCCAAGACAGAGUACUCUCAGUAA